GCUUUCGCGUGCCCUCAAGUGCGCGUGAAAUUUUCGUCUCUCAUCAGAUCGAUCCAGAACAAGCUUGUGUGCUGUUAAUUUCAAAAUAGAUACAUAAUUAUCAUACAUAACCAAAAUGAGUUCCUCUUCACCUGAAGAAAAACCGUCGUCAGGGCCCAAGGAUGAAGCAGCAGGAGGCAAGACAUCUUCGACCGCCUCAAUCUUAAGCGAGAAGACGCAACCGGUUUGCCUGAUUGUCCUUGGCAUGGCUGGGUCAGGAAAAACUUCACUCGUUCAGAGGUUGACCUCAGAUCUCAACAUUUUGAAGAAGCCUGCUUAUGUCAUAAAUCUGGACCCUGCGUGUCAUGAAGUUCCAUAUCCAGCAAACAUUGAUAUCAGGGAUUCAGUGAAGUACAAAGAAGUAAUGAAGCAGUAUGGAUUAGGGCCCAAUGGAGGCAUUGUCACCUCUUUGAAUCUAUUUUCUACCAAGUUCCAACAAGUUAUGACCUUGCUGGACCAGAGAUCUGAGCAGCAUGAAUUGGCAAUCAUAGACACUCCUGGGCAAAUUGAAGUCUUCACAUGGUCAGCCUCCGGCACCAUCAUCACGGAAACUUUGGCCGCUACUUUUCCAACCGUAGUUUUGUAUGUGAUGGACACAGUGAGGAGUUCCAAUCCCGUCACCUUCAUGUCCAACAUGCUCUACGCUUGCUCAAUUCUGUACAAAACCAAACUUCCCUUUAUUGUUGCCCUUAAUAAGAUUGACAUCGUCGAUCAUCAGUUUGCCGUUGAGUGGAUGUCUGAUUUUGAAGCUUUCCAAGAUGCUCUUGAGAGUGAAACAUCCUACAUCUCCACCUUGACCAGAAGCAUGUCUCUGGCUCUGGACGAGUUCUACCAAAACUUGAAGAGUGUUGGUGUAUCUGCCGUUACAGGAGAAGGAAUCGGCGAACUGUUGGAGGUUAUCAAGGAGGCCGCUAUUGAGUUCGAGAAUGAAUACAGAGCAGACCUGAGGAAAUCAGUGGAAGACAGGCAAUCUGAGCUAGCAGAGAAGAAAGAGGAAAAGCUGAAAGACGCUUUGAAAACCAAAGGCGAAGGCAGUCAGGUUCCGCUGGUGUUCACCGCAAGUGCCGCCCAGGGCAUGGCUGACAUUUACCUCAAACAUCCUGGUGACGAGAGCAGUGAAGAUGAAGAGGGAACAGAGCAGGACAACGCAGAGAGCGACGAUGAUCCGGAUGAGGUGAAACAGUUUCGAACUAUGAUGGGCAUAGUGACAAAUCAAAAAUCGACUCAAAACAAGAAAAUUCAGGCUCUCACAAAACAGCCAGUGCCUCCUAAGAAAUAGAUAUGUACACCGUUCCAUUAAAUUUGAUAUUUUUAUGCAUAA